AACCUGCCGCUCUCAAAUGUGUGUUUACAGUUUCCAGCUGGAGACUGCAGGAUUAUGGUAAUAACAGGCUGCCUGUCCUGUCACUCAGCUGGGUGGGCGGGCUGUGGACUUUUAUCAGCACAUUGCAGUGGCCACUUCUUUACAACUCCACUCACCACAGCGGCUUUAUCUCCAAAACCAGGAGCAGUUUGCGGCGCAGUUGAUUGGGAAACCAUCAGUGAUCAUUGCAAAUGAGACUCCUCCUCCUCGCUUUUUUUUUCUUCCGCCAGGUUUUUUAAACAUCCAUACAUAAAAGUCAAGAAGACAAAGCGAGUCUGCAGACAUGAUGCGAGGAUGCAGAAUGGGAUGGAUCUGUUUGUACGGUUUCCAAGGAGACGGUGAGGAGACAAAAGCUGCUCCUUCAUCCACAUUGCCUCUCUGUUUCAGGACUCUCCUCGGGACGAGCCCCCUCUUCACGCUCAGGAGAUCCACCCCCCAGGUAAGAACAGCUCAGUCUGCUGCAAGUUGGCUGCAUCAAGAGAACUGAGGACCUCCUGGAAAUGACUUGGGGAUCUGCUGUGAACCUCUGGAAUAUCCUGGGGAGGGGCACUGCAGCUUCAGCAUCACUGUCAGUGAUCAGUUCAUCAGUCUGGGGGGGCAGCCUCAGCUGUGAACCCGUCACGCUCUCCUUCAUUCUCAUUUCUGCUCUGGUUUCAGCUCACCGGAGCUUGAGCUAGGGAAUUAUCUUCUUCCAAGACUCCAUCUCUACGGGGGGGGCUCAGCCAUGCUGUCCGCAGACAUUCAGAUUCUGGCGUUUGGCCUGGCGCUGCUGGGUGUCCUCGGUGCCACGGUGGCCACUCUGAUGCCCAACUGGAAGGUGAGCAUGAGUAUGUGGACGAGCAUCAUGACCCCCACCUCCCAGAUGCAGGGUCUGUGGAUGGACUGUGUGUGCUACAGCGCGGGGGUGUUCAGCUGCACCAUGAAGAACUCACCACUGACGCUGCCCGCCUCCCUUCAGGCCACGCGGGCCGCCAUGGUUCUUUGCUGCAUGCUGGCCACAUUCGGACUUUGCCUUGCCUCCCUUGGACUAAAAUGUACCCGCUGGGGGGGCAGCUAUCGAGCCAAGGGGCACACAGCCAUCGCUGCCGGGGGAUGUUUUGUCCUCUCCAGCCUUCUCUGCCUGGUUCCUGCAUCCUGGUUCACCAACGAAGUCAUCACCGCCUUCCUGACCACAGACCUGCCGGACAGCAGCAAAUAUCAGCCUGGGGGGGCUCUGUGCAUCACAUUUGUCUCUGCUGGAUUUCUUUUGGCUGGAGGGGUCAUUUUCUGCCUGUCCUGUCCUGGAAAAAGAUCAAGGUGGCCGGACCAGGCAACCUCUUCUGACAGGAACGACCAAAGGAGGGGGCGCCUGCGAGAGAAGCAAACGAAAAAUGUCAAGCUGCAGACAGACGAGCCUAACCUGGGGGAGCCAGAGCACCCGCCCCCCUGCAGACACUCUUCAGAAGACCUCAAGGACAGCUACAGUCUCCAGGAAUACGUGUAACCCCCACAAGUCCGUCUGACUCUUGUAGUGAUGGGGGGGGGGGGGGGGGGGGGGGGUAGUUGGAAAUAACUAUAGACUCAAAAUAGAGAGGAGAAACUGCGGAGAAAGAAAAAAUGUAGUCAGGGGGGGGGUCCCCUUAAGAAACUGUCCGCAUCACUGCUGCAGCUCUGCUGAACUGAGAUGCAGAGAAAAUACAUCCACAAACUCUGAGCCCCCCAAGCCUAUGUUCAUGAUUUGACAGCUGGAGAGGUGGAUGCCCCCCCCCCCCCCCCUUUGUUGUUUGAGGGCGGAGCCAAAGUCUCAAUUAUUACUGUGAACCCUGGUGUGUACACACGAAUACAUGCACACAUGUAGGUUUCAGUCAGUACUGCUGUGUGUCGUUCAUGACGUGGAGAUUUAAAGGAAACGCCGUGUUUCCUUUUGGAACAGAAACCUCAAGGUUUAAAACGGCAGCAUAAAGUGACGGGUCUGCUGGACUGAAUAAGAGUUUCCAAUAAAUACAAGAACCAAAUGAGUUGUGGAGUUCAUUUGCACAAACUGUGCAGGUAACGCAUCAAAGUGGAGCAAGAACUUGAUGCUGAAGAGUACCACACUUUUAAACGCAUCACAGUAGAUGCUGAACUCAAGCAUUUGUCUUUAAUUUUUAAGAUCACAUGUAAAAUAUCACACAAAUGGCUCAACUGUCACAAAGGAUCAACAUGCCACAGGUCGCUCCAAAUUAAAAAUUAAAAGCGUAUUUUCUCACA